ACACAAGACUUCUGUAGCUACCUGUCACUACUGGUCGAGGUGAACAUGAAAGUGAAAGCAGUGAAAUCCCCAGAUUGGUAGGCCUAGUCACCGCUCCAGACGGUAAAAGGUGUUGCUCAGUAACCAGGGACAUUCGAUGGCAAGCGGUGAUCAGAUGGCAGAGAUUGGGGAACCUGGGGACAUGGAGGAGGUGAAUGAAGCUCAGGGUCUAGAGGACGGAUCCUCCCUCAAAUCCACCAUGGAGAGGAACAGGAAGACCCAACCCGACGGCUCGGUGAAGGAGAAGAAACUGGGGAUGAUGAAGCAAUUCAGGGAGAGCAUGAAGCGGGUUGGAGAGAGGAGUCCUCUGGCCUCAAACAGCAAAGGGUCAAAGGACAGACCCUAUUCAGACCAGGGGGGGGACAGUAUUGACCCUGAAGUGACAUCUCUGACCCAUCAGCUGCCGCCCCCUCACUCACCAAGUUUGAAUGCUGGGUCUCCUGUGGCCUCUCCCCUGAAGAGUCCAGGUGAGUUUUUUCAAAGGAAGGAGGGAGAAGAGAUUGCAGAAGAUUCACCACCAUCCCAGAAAAAAGACUCCAGAACACACUCAGGUUUGAGUGCUGGGUCUCCUGUGGGCUCUCCCCUGAAGAGUCCGGUUGGGUUCUUCCAAAGAAAGGAGGGAGGAGAGAUUGCAGAAGAUUCACCACCAUCCCAGAAAAAACACUCCAGAACACACUCAGACUCAUCAACCAUUGGGGACUCUCUUCUGAAGAAGGGGGCUUCCAUUCGACGGAGUUUGCGACUUGUGGGGAAUAAGAAGGACAAGACCCUCAAACAGGAGCCGCUCCAGCCUGUCACUGAGAUCACGGUGGAGGAGAAGAGAGAGAGGGAGGAGAGUGUAGAGAUCAAAGAGUCAUACAUACUCCCAGAGAUACCCCUCACACCCCUCUCAGUGAUGCAGAUCAACGAGCUGAUUAAGACUGAGGUGCUGGAGGAGGCCCACCUGAACCUCCUCUCCCUACGCCAGGAGUUCCAGCGGGAGAGGGAUGAGUGCACGGAGGAGGCUUCCCCCAUGGAGCUGGCCAAGAAGGAGAAGGACCUGAGCAUCCUUUACAGAGCCAUGCAGGAAAAGGUGAAGGAGAUAGUGCGCAACUCCAACAGCCUUCCCUCCCGCAACAAGGAGCUCCUGAUGCAUGUGGCCCGCGUCAUCCAGGAGGAGGAGAAGAGGGAGGCAGAGCCCGGGGGCGUGGUUGGGCUAGGGGACUGGCGGGGUGCCUGGAGGGAGGCUGUGAGCGAGGGGGUCGAGGAAACGUUGAAGAGAGUUCAUCUGGACAGGCCCGAGCAGAAUGCCUCCUGGCUGGCUAUCCACCUGGGUCUGCUGGGCAAGGCCAUCGUAGAAGACUUGGAGAAGGUGAAGGGAGAGCUGCAGGGCUCUUACCCACCCAGCUUCAAUGUGUUCAGCACCUACAUGAGCUGUUACCAUGGUGCUGUCAGCCAGCACCUGAACACGCUUCAGCAGCAAGUGACAGAUCUGAAGGACUACUACGCCCUGCUGGACUGGAUCAUCAAUAGCUAUGAGAGUGAGAAGAUAAUGAGCAGUCCUUCAUUGAGACCAGAGAUGGAGGCUGAGAAAACAGGCCUCUCACUGGAGGAGGGCUUCCUGGACCAGCUCAAGGGGAAAUACUGCAUGCGGGCUAAGGAGGACAUGAGAGCUUCGCUGGAUAGAAUAUUAGAGCUUGAAAACGAGGACAUUUGGAUAAAGAAACAGGCACCAGAGACUGAUGAUGAACACUUCUUGAACUCUGAGAUACACAUGGAUAUUUGGACGAAAGUUAAGAGCAAUGCUGUUAACUCCAAGAGGAUUGAUGUGAACCUGGAGAUGAGAGUAGUCUGUUCCUGCCUGGAAGAGUUGGAGCAGUUUCCCAAACGAUUUGAGACUAAAUUAAGGUACUGCUGUAACAGUGUGGAAAACCCUUCACUUUGGGCUGACUAUCAGAUAACCUACAUCAACAGCUUUACAGCUCUUAAGGAGCAUAUGGAGGGCUACAGGGAGAGCUGCCCAACACAAGUGGACCAUCUCAGCAGAGAGGUGGAUGGCCUGGUCCAUAGACUGGUCCAGGGCCUGGAGGACCAGUUUAAAAAUGAUGUCAGGCCCUACCUCAGGAGAAUGAUGACGAGGAAGUGGCUCUCCACAGAUGAGGACUUCCAACAGCUGUAUAGCAGUACAGAGAAGCUGACCCAUCGCUGUUUACAAAUGAAAUCUCCAUAUGCACAGACCUUUUGGAGCCGCUUGCACUACUACGUGGUGAAAGAGUAUGUCUCCCAGCUGAUGAAAAACAACUACUCCUGUAAGAACAGGAAGCAUGACAAAGCCGCCACCAAAAUGAGGGCGCAGUGGGAUAAACUCAAGGAUCUGUUUGAGGAAAUGACAACCCAUGACUGGCUCCACCGAGUAGGAGACCACCUGAGUAACAUCAUUGGGGAAACAAACAAGAGGGACAUAAAGAACCACCUGAAACUUUUAGUUGCCGACUAUCCAGACAUCAGUAAGAAGCACCUGUCGGCUGUGCUGUACUUCAGGGGCUUGAUGCGGGGCAGGGAGAGACAGGUGAUCCUGCAGCGUCUCACUGAGCUGAAGAGGGAACUGGGAACCGCAGGGAACAUUGGAGAUAAUAGAAGAGCCCUCUUCAGUGACAUGCAGGUCACAGUCACCAAUACAGACUGUCUGGCUGACAUUCCGUUGUUCUGCAUCCUCCCAGACAGAUAAUAAACGGACCUAGAUACAGGAGCCUACACAGAGAUGAUAACCUAACCAAACUGUCUGCGAAAUAACAUACUGUAUCACAAGUAGGAUCACCUCGCACAAAUCAAACUUAAAAUAAUGAUUAAUAUAAUCAAAGGGAUGCUUUAAGACGCCUCAUUUGUUUCCUAUCAUGUAUUGUUACUACAGCCCACUGUCGCAAAAGAAGCUUAGGACACAAAUAAUAAUGGGGCUGAUUGCUAAAUGAAGGAUCAGCUUUAAUAUUGCAGAUUGUGGCUUCCCUCAAUGUAAUUGUCUGCAUUUCCAAUCCCCCAUAUAUUUUUUUGUAAAUAUAUCUAUUAAAAAAUAUAU